AUUAUAAGCAAUAUUCGAUUUUCAUUAUGAUUGCGCUUCUAAACGAAACAAUCAACGGAUAUUUGUUCCUGAACGACCAUUUAGCAGAUCCACGCACCAAAGAUUUCUUUCUGAUUAACACAUUAUGGCGGCUGCCACUUUUGGUUAUAUUAUAUAUGUAUAGCAUAUAUGUUCUUCUGCCGAAGUUUAUGGAAAAAAGGGAACCCUACAAAUUGGACAGAAUAUUACAAAUAUAUAAUGUCUUACAAAUUAUAUUUAACAUAUAUAUAUUUUAUUUGGGAUUAAAUCUGACCUGGUUAAGAGGAUACAGCUUUAAUUGCGAACCAGUCGAUUUCUCUUACACACCAAGAGCAAUACAGAUUGCCAGAUUGGUCUGGUAUUACUUCAUGCUCAAGAUCGCAGAUUUGCUGGACACAUUCUUCUUUGUACUUAGAAAGAAACAAAAUCAAAUCAACUUCCUUCACGUAUAUCACCACUGUGGCAUGGUAAUAAUGCUUUGGAUAGGCGUUAAAUAUUUUCCCGGGGGACACGGUAUAUUUCUAGGAUUAAUCAACACAUUUGUUCACUCGAUUAUGUACACGCACUAUCUGUUGUCAUCUUUGAAAAUAGACACGAAAUCAUGGAAGAAGCACAUCACUCAGCUACAAAUGCUGCAAUUCUUUAUAUUGGCGUAUCAUAUCUCCCAAUUACUGUGGACGGAUUGCGGUUUCCCGCGAUGGCCAGCACUGGUGUUGCUGCCGCAACAUGUUUUCAUGCUUGUAUUAUUUGCGGAAUUUUAUUACAACGCGUAUAUUAAGAAAGAGCCGGCGAGUGCAGCAGCGACGACGAAAACGGAGACGGACAGUGUCUCCACAGAAAUCUCGCAUGCCAAAUUGAAAGAGCGAUAAGUUCGCGUGGCGUACUAUCCGCUCAAUUUGUUUCUGCUAUUAUUUCUCCAUUGUUAAUGUAUCGAUAUCAAAGAGUUAAACAUUAGUUAUUCAUGACUUGUGAACUCGCAACGAAGUUAUCGCAUUUCACGGCAGUUUCCGUUAUAACACACAAUGUACAUCUGUUGUUUAAUAAGCCC